AUGUCUAGUGGCGCCACCUACACAGAGCUUUGCCUAAUAUUCCCUAUUACUGAUAAAUACUUAUCUCGCAGAAUAGAUAGGUCACUGAUAAUUGAUAAUCAAUUCUCUACCUCGCUCCAACUGAUGUCAACGUUUUUACUGACCUUUCUCUUUUUAAUAUUUCCAACAAACCAAAUCAGUUACACAAAUAUGGAUUCCGGUGCUGUAUCUGCGGCUAUCGCCAAGUUCUCCAUGCAGUUCUGCAAUGAGCUGGAUAAAAGCAAGAGUGUGGUGUCUUCCCCCCUGUCGGCUGAAAUCCUGCUGGCACUCCUUUCACUUGGAUCCUCUGAACCAGCCCUUCCAGAGCUUCUGGGAGCCAUUGGAUUUCAAGAUACUGAUGCAAUCCGCUCAUCAUUUUCACUUGUGUCAUCAAGACUGAAAUCCAUUAAGGGAGUAACUUUGGAUGUAGCCAACCGGGUUUACUUACAACAGGGCCAUGAGUUGGAUCCCAAGCUUAAAGAUGAUGCGGUUAAAGUCUUUGAUGCGGCACUUGAGCCUAUGGACUUUUCUAAUGGUGCUGCUGCAGCAAAAGUUAUUAAUGACUGGGUGGAGAGCAAGACUAACAACAAAAUCAAGGAUCUCAUAUCAGAAGACUCUCUCAAUGCCCUGACUCGACUUGUACUCGUCAAUGCUCUCUACUUCAAGGGUAAAUGGAAGCAUCCGUUUAAGCCCCAUAACACCAUGGACAAACCCUUCUAUGUGAAGAAGGACACUACCGUGGAUGUUCCUAUGAUGUAUAUUGAAGAGCAAUUCAGAUAUGGAGAGAGUGAAAAAUUAAAUUCACAGCUAUUGGAGAUGCCGUAUGAAGGCGACGAGGCGAGCAUGGUGAUCGUGCUGCCCAAGGACAUUGAGGGUCUCGACGCGGUCCUCAAGCAACUAGCUUCGGGCGUUGACCUCGUCGAGGAGCUGAACAGCAUGAUCUCCACCAAGGUGCAGGUCACCAUUCCCAAGUUCAAGAUAGAGACUGAGAUUGACCUUAAGGAAUUGCUGCCUAAGCUAGGCAUCAAGGCCAUCUUCGACGAAAAGAACUCCGGCCUAACCAAGAUUUUGGACAGCACCGAGCCCCUGUACGUGUCCAAGGCUAUACAGAAAGCGUUCAUCGAAGUGAACGAGGAGGGCGCGGAGGCGGCUGCGGCCACCGGCAUGGUCCUAAUGGCGCGGUGCGGCUUCGUGAUGAACUUCUCCUUCGUGGCCGACCGGCCCUUCCUGUACGUGCUGGCCGGCAGCGACAAGGCUCCGCUCUUCCUCGGACUCUACCAAGGAAACAACUAGCCCUUAUAACCUGGUGUGUGCCUUGCGGUGUUUAUUAGGGCCACUCUGUGUAUUAAUCACCUUCACGGAUUGACAUAUUGAUUUAGACGCAUUCAGCACAUCUCGAUUGUAUUGGUAAUUAGUGGCUUGUGAUAAAUAAUGGGUAUUACAGUAAUAUGUAGGUAUGUAAGUAAUAAAUAGUAUUAUGGUAUAAGUACUAGCUUCUGCCCACGACUUUGUCUGUGUGGAACGAUGAUGAUUGAUAAAAACUAUCCUGACGUCCUUUCUCGGGACCUAAACUAUCUCCAUACCAAAUUUUGUCCAAAUCGGUUUAGCGAUUUAAGCGUGUAGAGGUAACAGACAGACACACUUUCGCAUUUAUAACAUUAGUAUGGAGAUUAGGUUUUAUAAUUAAUUGUAGGUUAAAAUAAUACCGAGUACUAAGUAACAAAAUAAUGUUACUUUAAUAAUGUAUUUUGAUUUACAUAAUGUCUGACAAUAAGUUAGUUUAUCCGUCCUCGUUAAUACUACUUACUUACGAGUACUAGUAUUAAAGUAAUGUUUGUAUCAGAAUUUUUUGGACUUCAUAUUUACAAUUUAUCGAUUACAAGUAUAAGCUGAAAGUACAACCGCAGUACAAUGUUGAUAGUUUUGUAUAUUUUUGAGCUGUUACUUCAUUUCGAAUACUAAUUUUAUAUAGCCACUUUCGUUUUUAUUAUUAUCAAAUUUGUUCUAUAGUUAGUACUAUACUAAGUAUAAUAUAGUAGUUAUACUUGUACCUACCUCUAUACUUUUGGCGAGUAGGUACCUACGCACGCGCACAUUUAACGGCUCUAAGACCACUUAACAAAACGCGUUUAAAAUAAAUAUUAAGAGAGUAUUUUAUUAAAGUUAAUAUUAGGUAUGUUUAUGUAUGCAAUGUUGGUGUAUUAAAUAGUUUAUAAAAGUUUUAAUCACUA